UCCUCUCACUGCUCCUCUCUGCAGGACCACUUGUUCUUUGUGAUGGCGUAUGUUAACGGGGACGACUUGAUGUUCCAGAUUCACUGGUCCAGGAAGGCUGACGAGGCUCGGUCUUGUUUCUGUGCCGCCGAAGUCACGUCAGCUCUGAUGUUUCUGCACCGACACAGCAUUAUUUACAGAGACUUGAAGCUGGGCAACAUAUUGAUGGAUGCAGAAGGUCACUAUAAACUGGCCAACUUUGGGAUGUGCAAGGAGGAAAUCCUCAAUGGAGUCAUCACAACCACCUUCUGUGGGACACCAGAUUACAUUGCACCAGAGAUCCUUCAAGAGCUGGACUACAGUCCAUCAAUGGACUGGUGGGCUCUGGGGGUGCUGAUGUAUGAGAUGAUGGCAGGACAGCCACCAUUUGAAGCUGAUAAUGAAGACGACCUCUUUGAAUGA